UUGAGACGCAACGAAACGUGCGAAGACAAGGAUCAUGUCGAGGUUUCGAAAAAUGACGAGCGGACCCGAAGCUGCUGUAUGUCUAGCCUCCAUGUUCAAUUCUUCAUUGGGUGUGAGACAUGGAUUAAAGUGCAUAGUUGAUGGUGACAAAGAACUUUUCUUGAGGUCAGCCUCCCUGGUACUGCAGAACCUGGAUAUUGAGCAUCCUGUGGGCCAGUACCUUGUCAACACCUGUCAAUCAUUCCACAAUAGUCACGGAAAUGGAGUCAAGACCCUCCUCUUUCUGAUUGGGGCACUGAUGAAGAUGGCUGUCUCUCAGCGGGAAAAGGCCAUACCUGUGUGUGACAUCAUGUCGGGCAUGGAGGAAGGGGUCAAGCAGUGUCAAAAGGUCAUGGAGGAGGUCAAAUUACCACUCUCUGAUGUCAUACAGUCAUGUGACCAAUGCCAGUGUAAUAUACAUUCACCAGGCAGUGAGGAUCAGCCAACACAUGGAGAGGAUGCUGUGACAAAAACAGAAGUGGGUCAAGAUGUGGAUCAUUGUAUCAGAAACAUGUCCGUAACCGAUCAAAGUGAGGUCAGACAAUUACCAUGUGAUAUAACACAUUUACCUACCAAAUCAGAUACCUCUCCAGUGUCAGCUGUACAUACUGUGGACAUGGCCCAGCUUACCCUGAAGGAGAACAAGGUAGAUCCUGGAGAGGAUUUGGAUUGGUUCUUUGAAGAUGACCCCUUCAUUCAAGGUUUUGACAUUGCUAAUAAUUAUAAAGUUCAGGGUCUUCCAAAACCAGAUUUUCUUGGAAACAAAACAAGUGAUUCUGUGAAAAGGGAAGUAGUAAACCAAACCCAUUGUCACGCAGAUGAUUCAGAUUUUGACGACUGUUUUGAUGACAUUCCCAAAGUUCACAAGUUUGAGCUGACAAAGUCAGGUUCCGUUGAUUCCAGGACUACAGAGCGACCCGUUUGCAACAUUUCAAACAAAUCAUUUAAAAAUUCAUUUGAUGUUUUGGAAAUCAGGAAUGUUGUCCCAGAUCUUACACAACCAAGUCAAAAUCAUACAAGACAGGAAAGUACAGCUGGCGAUGUGGAGGAUGAGUUUGAUUCUUGUUUUGAUGUGGAAUAUGAUAAUAAUGAAGGUACUGCUGGGACACCCUUAAAUGAAGGCCAGCAGACAAUAAGAGGUCAACAGGUCAGAGGUCAAGGAGUUUUAGGUCAAUAUCCACCUGACAGGAGUAAAAAUUCCAGUGAUAUUCAGCCAGAGACUAAAAAUAUGGAAAAGAAAUUACAGGAUAUAUUAAAAGGAAAGACAAUAGCUAUGGGAGAGAAACACAGAUUAUUAUAUAAUUCCAGUCGCCACUUCAAAACAGUAGAAUCAACAAUAGACAUACACAAGCAGAAUGAAUUAAGUACAGAUCAGAAGGGUGACUCCCAUUGUGUCACACCUCCUAGGAACUAUGAUCAUCUACGUCUGGCAUUGACUUCUCAAGGACAAGGUCUAAAAUGUCAAAGUCAAAGAAAUGUGAUUCAAAAUCAAACUGGUAUAUCACAAGACAAAAUGAACAGUUUGCAUAGUGAGAGUGAGGUCAGUCUAAACCAACCACCUUCUGGAGACACACAGGACAAAGUGAAUACAAAAACACUAGAUACAAUAAACACAGGCAGUGAAGCUUUGAGGAGAAAGCUUGACAUUUUACUUGAGAAGGCAAAGUCACGGAAAGUGUCUGGGGCGAUGCUUCAGAGUCGACACUUUAGAGAGAUAGGACAGAGUAUGAAUGAUAAUGAACAAGUUCAGAGGUUAGAGGUCAAAGAUCAGCGUAUUAAGAAUGAUAGGACAUGUUCUGACAAUCUGAUACUGAGAAAUGAAAAUGAUGAGGCAUCAAAAGCAUAUCAGAUGUUAGAGGUUAAAAGUCAGGAACUAGUUGUUCCAGCACAACCAGGCCAGGGUUCAGAGGUCAAAAGUUUGGAUAGAACAUCGGUUCAGAAUGAGGAAGAAAUAGGAAUGUGUACACAAAUGAUGUCAGAUUCAGUGGCAAUGGCAAAUCAGGGCUGUGAUGUAGACUCUAAGCAUGGUUCUAUAAAUAGAAGGAAGGUGUGUACAUGUACAGCCAGACAAGAGAUUGACAGAUGGGCAGGGCUGAGGGUCGUGGCCAGGAAUGCGAGUCAUAGUGACGAGGGUAUGAUGGAUGUUCUAGUAGAGGCUGCCAUGUCGCAGUCGAGGACAGAGGGAGGCCAAUAUAUCAACCGGGCCAGCUUGACCUUGGACCUGCUGUAUUGUUGUGUAACUCUUGGUCCCUUAGCUAUACCUCAGCUUGUGUCUGGAGUUGUCAUGACUGCUCAUGUUGUCAACUUACCACUAGUUCAUCGAUACAAGGGCAGAAAACUCAAUACAAUUAUGAUCAAUGGAGAUAUCAAACCAACUUAUCGCCACAUUGGAUAUAAACGUCCCUUGGAUGUCCAGAAAACGAUGACUGCUAAAGAUUUCCUCCAGGCUGAUAAGGGGUCAGGCUGGUUAAGUGAUGUGACAGAAAUACUCCACAAGUUCUCUGUUACAUGUCUGCUUGUCCGUGGCUCAAUCUGUGAUGAGGUCAAGGUCAUGUGUGAAACAUUUGGGGUCAUUGCUGUAGAGAAUGUUCCAUAUAAGGCAUUACAGGUGAUGUGUACAGCUACAGUAACCAGCAUGACUACCUAUCUGUCAAUGACUGAGAAGACCAACGUAUGUGCCAGUGUUUCCAUGGAUACCUACACGGAGAAGAGGAUGAUGGGAUGUCAGGCCAACUUUGUGAAGGUGACCUGUCAUAACACACCUGUCCAGACUUGUGUCGUCAGUCACCCUACCACAGGAGGUGGGGAUCUGAUGGAGCAGGACUUCUGGCGAUGUGCCAACAUUCUGUCUUCCCUCCUCUCUUCAGGACAUGUCCUUCCAGGAGGGGGUAGAACGGAACAGCUGUGUAGUCAAGCUUUACUUUCAAGCUCUGCUGCUGUAACUCAGGACGAUGCUGUAACCUCCAAUCACCACCUACAAUAUGUUCUACAAGAUAUGGCUGCAGUACUACAUGAUUAUAAUAUCAUCGUCAACCUAAAUACAGGUCAAGGUCACUCAGAUCCUCCUCAAAACCAAGGUCAAGGAUACACAGAGCUUCCUCCAAUCAAAGGUCAAGUUCACUCAGACCCUCCUGCAAUCAAAAGUCAAGGUCACUCAAAUCUUCAUCCAAUCAAAGAUCCAGGAUACAGAGAUCCUCCUCCUCCAAUCAAAGGGCACGUUGAUACAGAGGCUGACCGAUUGACAAAUGUAGGUCAAACAGUGUUUAAAUGUAACAUAAGUCAAGGUCAAGAUCACAAUGGUGUUCUGGAAAAUAUGCAUAGAGACGACUUUGGCCAUAGUAACCAAAUUAAGAAUGUACAUCAUUUGAAGUUUCCUAGCAACAGCGAUAAGCAACUUCCAAGUGAUAUGGACAUUCAGGAUACAAACACAGGUUUGGGAAGGGACCAGUUGUCUGACUAUGGGGAACAGCCAGUCUUGGAGCUUAGGGGGAACAUGUCUGUGAUAUUUGAUGACUACAAAUCCAAGAAGUUCAGUAUAAAGACAGCCUGCGACUUUGUUGGUACUGUUCUGAUGUGCGACUCAUACAUUGUGACGGGGUUGGACAAGACCACAACCCAAGAUUUACAUUCAAACACUACAGACUUUAUAGCUAGACAUUUAUAUGAUGUGAUACUAUGAUGAAUAAAGUAAGCAAUUUAUGUUUGGU